GCCCUUUUCUUAUUUUGUAUCAAAUACGAUUAACUUCAAGGUGGGAAAGUAACUCAGCAAUCUUCACUCACUUGUAAGACAAGAGCGAACGGCGCUCAACAAUUUUCAGUCCUUGGUUGGAAAGUGAGGAAAAAUGCUGCGCAAGUUGAAUUUUCGUGCUGUGAAUAGUGUUUUGCGCUUCCAGAAAAAUGGAGUAGCAUCCGCCCCAGCUCCUCAGCCAGAAACAUCACCCAAAGUUCUCUACACUGGCAUUUUCUACAACAAUGAAUGGCACAAAAGCAAAAGCGGAAAAACCUUUCAAUGCAUCAAUCCAGCCAAUGAACAAGUUAUCGCUGAGGUGCAGGAGAGCAACAAAGAUGAUGUGAAUUUGGCUGUUGCUGCUGCUAAAAAUGCCUUCGCGUUGGGUUCCCCGUGGCGUCGUCUCGAUGCAUCCGAACGCGGUAGACUGAUCUAUCGUCUUGCCGAUUUAAUUGAGAGAGAUCGCAACUACCUGGCCAGCCUUGAAACUCUCGACAAUGGCAAACCCUAUGCAAUGUCCUACAAUGUCGACAUACCUGUUGCAUUGAAGAAUCUGCGCUACUUUGCCGGCUGGGCGGAUAAGAAUCACGGCAAAGUCAUCCCAAUGGAUGGGGACUUUUUUGCAUAUACUCGCCAUGAACCUGUUGGUGUCUGUGGGCAGAUUAUUCCAUGGAACUUCCCCAUUCUCAUGAUGGCAUGGAAACUUGGACCAGCACUCGCCACGGGGAAUACCAUUGUACUCAAACCAGCUGAACAGACGUCCCUUACAGCGCUCUACAUUGCUCAACUCACCAAGGAAGCUGGAUUUCCAGAGGGUGUUGUGAAUGUCGUCCCUGGUUUUGGGACAGCCGGUGAGGCACUCGUCCACCAUCCGGAUGUGGAUAAGAUUGCUUUCACGGGUUCCACCGAAGUGGGACGUUUAAUCCAGAAGGGCUCAAGUGCGGUUAACCUCAAGCGUGUAACCCUGGAAUUGGGUGGAAAGAGUCCAAAUAUCAUUCUAGCCGAUACAGAUCUCGACUAUGCCGUGGAAACAUCGCACUUUGGGCUCUUCUUCAACAUGGGUCAGUGCUGUUGUGCCGCCAGUCGAACCUAUGUGGAGGACAGCAUUUAUGAUGAAUUUGUGGAACGAAGUGCCGAAAGGGCCAAGAAGAGGAUUGUGGGAAAUCCAUUUGAUUUGAGCACAGAGCAAGGACCUCAAGUGGAUCAGGAGCAACUAUCGAAGAUUCUACGUCUCAUUGAUAGUGGCAAGAAGCAAGGAGCCAAAUUGGUGGCUGGUGGUGCGAAGUGUGAUGGUCCAGGGUAUUUUGUACAACCAACUGUGUUUGCUGAUGUCAAAGAUGAGAUGGAUAUCUCGCGUGAGGAGAUCUUUGGACCGGUGCAGCAAUUGGCACGCUUCAAAAAUCUCGAUGAAGUCAUUAAGCGUGCCAAUGAUUCCGACUAUGGACUCGCAGCGGCAAUUUUCAGCAAAAAUAUUGACAAAGUCAAUUACUUGGUGCAGGGAUUGCGUGCAGGAACGGUGUGGGUGAACACGUACAAUGCAUUUGGGGCACAAGUGCCAUUUGGUGGAUACAAAAUGUCCGGACAUGGUCGUGAGAAUUCCGAAUAUGCGCUCAGGAACUACACGGAAAUCAAGAGCGUGAUUACGCGUAUUCAGCAAAAGAGCUCCUAAAAUGUAAAGUUGUGAACAACAGACAGCACAAGCCCAUACCUCUUAUCCCCUAUUUCUACAUAAUAUUCUUUAUUUUGCAAGAACAAUAACCUCUGUAUUUUUGUACCAAGCAAUAAAAGUCAUGCAAUAUUGUAGAA